GCGCAUCCCACGGCAAGACAAGACUCGACACACAAACAGAUCCAACAACCAUGUCAGACACAGAAAUGGGAGGCGGCGUCGCAUUGGGCGUCACAUCACCUACGCAGUCGCAGCUCGCCGACGAAAUCAAUGGAGGCGCCAUGGACGUCCACUCGGUCGCAGACUCGACCAUCUCAAGCCGACUUCCCAUUACUGUCGACAAACCCACACCCUUUACAUUUGACCUGGGAAACCUGCUCGCAAACGACCCCAACCCCAUCCCCGCCGGCGCCGACGAAGAAGCACUCAAAGCCACUGCCCGCGAUGCCGCCCAAGCACUCAUCAACCAGCUUCUGUCUACCUGCCAGGUCAAGUCCACCUCGGAAGGCGUACAUUUGGUCCUUCCCGCGCCAACCACACCUCUCCCUCGCGAGAAGCCUAUUCCCUCCGCCAAGGAACCCACCAAAUGGGAAAAGUUUGCCGCCAAGAAGGGCAUCAAGAAGCAGAAGCGUGACAGCAACCUGGUCUAUGACGAGACCAAGGGCGAGUGGGUUCCCAAGUGGGGCUACAAGGGCAAGAACAAGGACGGGGAGAAUGACUGGUUGGUCGAGGUUGACGAGAAGAAGGAACGCGCGACCGGCGAGGCGCAUGACCAGAGGGCGGACAACCGCCAAGAGAGGAAGGAGAGGAUUCGAAGGAAUCUGAGAAAGCAAAGGGCUAACGAGAUCAAGGCUCGCAAGACUGUUGUUUGAGCUCCACCGGCUGUCCUUUUCUACGCGAGCAUCCUUUCUACCACCACUUGCAUUUGGGCGGCGUUUGUCACGAUAUCUAAAUCCAGUACUUUAGGGCUACAAAAUCCGAAGAUUUGCUUCUUGUG